AUGAUGCCUGAUAACGUCAGGAAGGAUGACGCCAACUUUGGAGGAAAGAUCUUCCUUCCUCCUUCAGCUUUGAACAAACUCACCAUGUUGCAUAUCAGAUACCCAAUGUUGUUUGAAUUGACGAAUGAGGGUCUGGACAAAAAGACACACAGUGGUGUUUUGGAGUUCGUUGCCGAAGAAGGAAGAGUGUACAUCCCCCAGUGGAUGAUGGAAACGCUUGAAUUACAGCCGGGAUCUUUGGUGAAGAUUGCAAAUCAUGAUUUACCCAACGGUCAAUUCACUAAGCUCGAGCCUCAGUCCGUUGACUUUCUCGAGAUCUCAGACCCCAAAGCGGUUUUGGAAAAUGCAUUGCGGAAGUUCUCUACAUUGACGAUAAAUGAUAUCAUUGAAAUCGAUUACAACGACACAAGAUAUGGAAUCAAGGUUUUGGAAGCAAGGCCUGAGUCUGAUUCUAAGGGUAUCUGUGUUGUUGAGACAGAUUUGGAAACCGAGUUCGCCCCACCGGUGGGAUACGUUGAGCCUGAGUAUACUCCUAAAUCUGUGAAGCCAUCUACGACACCAAUAGAUCCUUCCAGUGUCAAGAAGAGUGCAGGUGCUGGCACUAUGGCUCAAUCGAUAAACUUUGCCAACCUCGUAGCAAGUGGUGGCACAACAUCAUACAAAGGCAGUGGCCAGAAGCUCUCGGGUAAGGCAACUGGAGAUGAGGAUAAAAAACUCACCAUCGAUGACUUGGAUCCUGACAUUCCUCCUGCCCCCUUACAUUUACCGGAGAACCAGCUUUUCCUUGGAUGGCCAGUCACACUUCCCACCCCGGAGGAGUCGGAGUCGGAGCAGCCUGCGCCUAAAGCAUUUUCUGGCGAAGGCAAGUCAUUGAGACAAAGCAAGAAGAGAACAAACAAGGGCAAAGAUCACCCUCCCUUGAAGAACCACAAUCGCAGCCCUGACUACAUCGAGAUUGAUGAUUAA